AGCCACAGGCCAAGCCCGGCCAAGCCAAGCCAAGCCCUAGAGCUAGAAGAAAGAGAAGCUCUGUUGUGGCCAGAUCUCUUUCGCCAUCUUUCGUGAGUCUGCGGCUUCGCGCCUCGGCCCCUUUGUUUGUCAACUCGCUCUCUCGCUCGACUACAUUAUGGAUACCGCCGUGAAGUUGGCUAUUGUGAUGAAGGUGAUCGGGCGUACUGGGUCCCGAGGUCAGGUGACCCAGGUGCGCGUUAAGUUCUUGGAUGACCAGAACCGUCUCAUCAUGCGCAACGUCAAGGGACCCGUGCGUGAAGGUGACAUUCUGACUCUCCUCGAGUCUGAGCGUGAAGCAAGAAGGUUGCGGUAAGGAACAGUCUGCAAUGGCAAUUCAAUGAUGCAGUAUCGGAAGUUCAAUAGUGGUAAUAUGUACCAUUGGUCUUCACAGCUUGAGUUUCUCAAGUUUUGGCUGGCCUCAUACCGGAAAAUGUAGCUCCAUACAUGAACAUGUUCACAGAAAGCUCCACUCAGCCUACACGGCAUAUUCUGGCAUUUUUAUGAAUUGAGGAUCUAUUCACUUUCUUCGAGA